CCACGCGCAAUCAAACCUUUCCUUCAUCUCCUUCUUCUUCUUCUUCUCCUUCUUCUUAUAUCAUCAUUUUGCACCCACAUGUCACACACUUACCAUAUACAUAUAAUUAAGCAUACUCGCAUAAACCUAUAUAUACACUCUAAGAUUUCUAGCUGGUCCAUAUGCAUGUGAUCUAAUCAAAAGCCAAACUCUCCUUGUCUUUGCUAUAUUAACAAUCAUUUGAUCCACACCACCAGAGAUUUCAAUCUUCCUCUCCUUCUUCCUUUUGCUACUCUCUUUUAGAUCGUUCUUGUGAAAAUCGCUUGCAAAUAACAAGCCCUUCGUCCAAUCUUUAUUAGCUCGAUCAUCGUGGAUGGAUAAUAUAAUGCAAUCGUCAAUGCCACCGGGAUUCCGAUUUCAUCCGACAGAGGAAGAGCUUGUGGGUUAUUACCUAGAUAGGAAGAUCAAUUCAAUGAAGAGUGCUUUAGAUGUCAUUGUAGAGAUUGAUCUCUACAAAAUGGAGCCAUGGGAUAUACAAGCGAGGUGUAAACUAGGGUAUGAAGAGCAAAACGAGUGGUACUUCUUUAGUCAUAAGGACAGGAAGUACCCUACCGGGACUAGGACCAACCGAGCCACUGCGGCUGGGUUCUGGAAAGCCACGGGUAGAGACAAGGCGGUACUAUCAAAAAACAGUGUCAUCGGAAUGCGGAAGACACUUGUCUACUACAAGGGUCGAGCUCCUAAUGGAAGAAAGUCCGAUUGGAUCAUGCACGAAUACCGUCUCCAAAACUCCGAGCUUGCCCCGGUUCAGGAGGAAGGCUGGGUGGUGUGUCGAGCAUUUAGGAAGCCAAUUCCAAACCAGAGGCCAUUAGGGUACGAGCCAUGGCAGAACCAGCUCUACCACGUCGAAAGUAGUAACAACUACUCAUCUUCAGUGACAAUGAACACGAGUCAUCAUAUCGGUGCAUCUUCAUCAAGUCAUAACCUUAAUCAAAUGCUCAUGAGCAAUAACCACUACAAUCCUAAUAAUACAUCCUCAUCGAUGCAUCAAUAUGGCAACAUUGAGCUCCCGCAGUUGGACAGCCCGAGCUUGUCGCCUAGUUUAGGGACGAAUAAAGAUCAGAACGAGAGUUUCGAGCAAGAAGAAGAGAAGAGCUUUAACUGUGUGGAUUGGAGAACACUAGAUACCUUGCUUGAGACACAAGUCAUACAUCCGCAUAACCCUAAUAUUCUUAUGUUCGAAACGCAGUCGUAUAAUCCGGCGCCAAGCUUCCCUUCCAUGCAUCAAAGCUAUAAUGAGGUCGAAGCUAAUAUUCAUCAUUCUCUUGGAUGCUUCCCUGACUCGUAAUUAAAAAAAAACACACUUCUAUAUAUUGAUUUGUAUUCUAUGAUUUAAUUGUUCCAUCUGGAAAAUAACAUUUAUAACUGUCUAUUUGUAAAAGAAGUUUGUGUUUAUUACGUAGAAAUUUGUUGUUGAAUUUCACAAAGGUGGAUUUGUUUUUUUUAAAAA